AUGUCUCACUCCGUUCCGUCGCUACUUCUUCGUAAUCUCCACUGCUCAUUGCCCGCUAUUGCACAACUCUACAAGGAGGCUGCGGGUGUUGGAACCGGCGGCGUGGUGGAGGGUGACCGUGGGAUGCCGUCUUGCUCUUCUCUCCCACUGACGGUUUCCACAACAAACGAUGGGGAAGCUGUGCUGGACUUUUUUUGCCGUGAGCUCGGUAUGGGGGCCUCUUCUUUGCGUCACUGGCGAAGCGGUUUGACGAAAGCAACACACCGACGCUGGUGGCGUGGGGAAAAACUUCCCUCACAGAAUGCUGCAGAUGCUUCGUUAUUCACCGACACGGAUGAUGUCUUGUUCAUGCAGAGUGCUAUUUGGGAUCUGAAGGCAGUGGUCUCACCCUUUCUGACGUUUACGAAUCCGCGGCGGAAAAGUGCGGUGCGUGGAAGCUCCUUUAUGGCUACCCGGCGCAUAUUACCUGGCAUGUAUCUUUUAAGUUUACCCGUGGAGGCGAUCUUUUUUGCGAGCCCGCCGCCUGCUACUGACCCUAUAACGUCGUUUUUUAUGUAUGUAGAGGAGCUGGUGGGACAGUUGGUGGUGGCGGGCGACGAUGUAUCGGAGAAUGAUUGGCGUCCCUCACAUGCGGGCUAUGUGAAUUACCUGAAGAAAUCGGUGAUACCGAGCAACAACCUGCCUUUCCUGGAAAGGGAGGAGAUUGCACGGAUAUUGCGGAGCGAUAAAACCAAGCCAUUAUUAGGGGCGAUAGGGGAAAGUCAUACUGUGAGUAACAAGAGCCCCGCGCUUGAGUUGUGGGAGUAUUUUCAUAACGACAUGCAAGGUUUACCGCUGAGCGCCUAUCUGCGUCAGCGCCUAUCCAAAGAGGAAUAUGCUUGGUGGGUGAGUUUGGUGCUGUCGCGACGUGCUGGGGCUGCGACCUUAAUUCCUCUGGUAGACAAACUCAAUCAUCAUCCGGAGCCCAAUUGCUAUUACACGAUGGCUACAGAAGAGACUUUUUGCGGAAUUGAUGUUUUUGACAAUCUCUUAGCUGGUGUUCCUUCUGAUUUGUUAUACGAGCCAUUUCUGCAUACGUUUAGUAUUCGGGAGAUACAGGAAGGGGAGGAACUGACGCUUUGCUACGCGUCUCCAACAAUAAACCCGAAUGACCGUGACUCAAGGAGUGCUGGGGGCAUGUCUGUGACCUCUCAGGAAGGCCGAGCUGCAUGGCAACUACAGUGGGGUUUUUUUCCAGAGAAUGAUUCUCCGUAUUCAUCCACGGAUUUAAAAGAAGUGGCCGCCAUUGUGGCGGAGCGUCGAGUAAACCUCCGGCGCCAGUACUUCCCACCAGAUGGGUGA